AAACAGAAAACCUAACGUUUUCCUCAAGAACCAGGAAAUGAAACUUGAGUGGGAGGAAACCCUCACAGACGGUAUAGUCCUGCAUUCGUCUGUUACUAUAGCGGCCUAAAUCAUUUGCAAAAUGGCUAGGCCUUAAAAAUAGUUUUGGGGAUUACAGCUCAUUUGUCAGAGGUGUAUUCAGCUGCAGUUUGAUUAUUAUGGCUUUGAAGGGGUACAUCAAGCAGAAAAACAAAACGAAUUCACCAUACUACUUAGAAAACAUUCUUGAGACCAAUGAGCAUCCAGAGGAUCACAAAGAAUAUGUGAUGUUCCACGGCACCACAAAAGAGGCUACAGAGUUGAUCAAGAAGAAUGGUUUCACACCAUCAAGAGAAGAACUUGGGCCUGGUGUGUAUGUCAGUCGAGACAUCGGAAAUGCAAUUAAAUACCCCCUUGGUGUUUCCAACAAUAAGAGAAGAGUACUAAAAGUCAAAGUGGAUGUAGGGAAGGUUAAAAUCAUAGAUCAACAGAACCACCCCAUGCAGGAGACCUGGCAUACCGAGCAUGGAUAUGACACGGCCUGGGUUCCCCCAGGGGUCAGUAUGGUGCUGAGCAACCAACAGGGGAACUGUGUCUACGACCCAAAGAGAAUCAAAGUCAUGCAGGUCAUGAAAGUAAAAGAAAACAACAUAUCUCGACACCGUCAUCUUCAGAGUGGAGUCUCCCCUGAGGACAGCCACGUCUACGUGAUGUAUCAUGGAACAUCAAAACAGUUUGCUGUGGAUAUACAGAGAAAUGGAUUCACACCUUCCGAAGAUGGGAUGCUUGGUGCCGGUGUUUACCUCAGUCGAGACAUCCGAAAAGCCAUUAAAUACCCCAUUGGUGCCGAUGACUCAGACAAGAUGGUUCUGAAAGUGAAGGUGGAUGUUGGCAAGGUUAAGAUCAUUGAUGUGCAGGGUCACGACAGGCAAUACGACUGGCACACAUAUGGGUAUGACACUGCCUGGGUUCCACCUGGUGUUGGCAUGGUGCCGAGCAACCAACAGGAGAACUGUGUCUACGACCCAAAGAGAAUCAAAGUCAUGGCAUUGCUGAAAGUGGCCAUCUUGAAAAAGUUAAACCCGUCACUGGAGGUUGAGUCUUGAAGGUGUAUUCAAGGAGCAUUACACUUCAUGUUCAUCAGGAUAAGAGGAUGUAACAUGCCGCUAUAGCUACACAUUCAAUAUUGCAUAGGAAUAAGCUAUAUUUUGCCAAAGGCUUGCUGAUUAUUGGCAAUACACCUACUGUAUAUGCAAUUAAUAUAACCUUAUCACAUUUUUUAAAACGAUUCAAUGAUAUUCACUUGACAUAAACAAGGCGUGUAUCAUUGAUCAUAAUUGUUCCGAAUAAUUGUCUUCCUAUAAUAAAUCUGAAAUAAACCUCUAAAAGUCA